AUCCAAUCGCUCACACACCACCCAACACAACCCGGCAAAACUAACCAGGAACGUACGCACGUCUCCCUCGUUCUGCUCUCCGGACGCUUCGAGGGGAAAUGUCAGAAGGAAUGACGAUGUUGGGACGAGCUGGUGUAGAUGGAGAUUCGCCGCACCCUGGGCAUCGAGAGACCCCUAUCGACCAUGGUCCGCAAACUUCGAUGGAAGAGUUGUCGAAGGUGAUAACAGAAGCCAAUGGCAUGCCGGUGUUGUUCGUCCCCUCUAGCAAUGGGCGGCUGGUAGCAGUACCCCUAGACACCCUUCAGAAUCUGAUGCCCACCAAUCGCGGCGAGGGCAGCGAGUCUGACAAAGAAAAGAAGGAGCAGGCUUUCCGUUCUUGGAUGCUGCUUCUGGCUUCCCUGGUUGCCACCGUCACCUUCACUGCAGGGCUCACCCCACCCGGUGGUUUCUGGUCCACCGACGACAAGGACAACAAGUUCAUUACUGGUGAGCCAAUCAUGCGUGACAAAUCUCGCUCGAGGUAUGCAAUUUUCCAGACCGGCAACAUAAUGGCCUUCUACACGUCCUUGAUGAUCAUUGGGUUGCUCGCCAAGAAUAGGAAUGACAAGACGGUCAUAAGUUUAGGUUUCAUUUUGCUUGUAGCACUUUGUUUUGUGUGCUUGGUCUUUAGCUUUAUCAGCGGCUCAUGGCAGGGCCCCAUACAAGGGGCGGUGAACGUCGUUCUUGUACUUGUACUUUACGUUUUCUACAUGACGUUGGUACGGACUAUCUCCUGGUGUUCUAGUACAUUCUCAAGGCAUCAAGGAUCCCCGGAUUCGGUUCCUUAAGAGGUCGGCUGAUUGCUACGAUCGAAUAAGUAAUGGCAAGGAGGAAGAUUUUACAAAAGACACAGCAAGAAAAUUCCAUCAGCGGCCUGCCUGCCUGAACACGUACGUAAUUAUGCGCCCAUUGUGGAGUAAACAAUGGUAGUAACCGUGUUAGUGAAAUCUGGUUUCUAUUUGUAACUACAGGAGAAAACUGCCAUUGCUAAUCAUUAGUAUAUCUCCUAUUUUGUUGGAUGAAGUUGUAAUAA